CUCGUACCCAGAGUCCUCCAGCCAAUUCCUGCCGUGACGGCCUGGUGCUAGACUCUUCCACAGUCUCUCGCUCGGUCGUUCACGUGAUCGAGUGUGUUCGCCAUAUCCUUGAUUCUCGUUUAAGAAGUUGAGACACGAUACGAAAACAGCGAUUUUAAAACCCCUUUUAACAGAAACUAAAAGAUAUCUAAACAUGUCGGAAACGCUCACAUUUGGACCUCAGUGGCUUCGUGCUCUUUCAAGUGGUAACAGUGUUACCUCUCCUCCACCAUCUCCUGGACCAAAAUACAAGAUGGCUGAGUAUCGUUAUGGUAAAGAAGAAAUGCUGGCCUUAUUUAUAGAAGGUCUGGUUAAACCUAUAGAGUUGGAUCACUUUUCUUCUAUUACAAGAGAAAAGUCCCAUUUCCCCUUGGCUUUUGUCCCUCCAACUGAGGAAGAGCAGAGAUACUCACUUGGCUCAGUUAAUAGUAAUGCUGUGCUAAAGCUGAUGGGUAGAGGUGCACCAAGAGGAGCAGCAAGAGGAGCAAGAGGUGGAUUAGCAGGCAGAGGGCGUGGGCGUGGUGAUGGUGGGUUUAUGCGACAGUCAUCAUAUGAAGAGGCACGUACUGACACUGGAGGAUUUAGAGAUCCAAGACGACAAAGCUGGGAGGAGGGCAGAAGGGGAGCAUUUGAAAGAGGAAAUCCUUCAGGCAAAGGAUAUGAUCCAACUAUGAGAGGAAGGCUAUCAAGUGAUACAACAUGGGAUAAAAAUGAGAAGGGUGGUCAUGAGAACUGGCGAGCAGGAGUACAACAUGAUGCAGAAGAUGAUGGAGGUGGAUGGAGAGUUUCUGGUCACCGUUAUGCUGACAAAUCAGAUCGCUGGAGAGGAGGGCCAAGGAUAACAAGAAGCUCAUCUUGGAGAAAUUCAGACUCAUUUCGUGAUGAAAGAAGCUUUACAGAAGAAGAGUGGCAGGUUGCUCGAGGUUCUCGUGUAAGGUCUUUUCAUGAACGCGAUGACAGGUGGAAUAAUCCUAGUGAACCUGAGUGGUGUAAAGAUGAUGAUUUCGAAGACCUUGAUGUUACAGGAACUUUUGAUUCAUCUGGGGCAUUUAGAUCCCGAAAGAAAGAGGACAACAAAAGUAAUGUGGAUGUUGAAGAAGAGAAAUAUAAGGAAGAAAACCUACAAGCAAAUGGGAACAGCGAAGAACUGGCAAAUGAUCAGGCACAACCAGAAAAUGAUGAAAACAAGGCAAAUGAUGAAAAGCCUCCUCAGGCAAAACAAACAGAAACAGCAGAAUCCAAAUCAACAGUAACAACACAAGAAAUGGUACAACCUUCCUCAUCUCUGGCAACUGCUAGUCAACCAGUAACAUGUUCCUCUGCGCUGGAAACAGAAAAGACACCAAGACAAAUAGAGCAAUUUGGCAACAAGUCUGAAAAUAAAAAAUAUGAAGAAUGUGAAUCAGAUAAGAAGGAUGAGGAACCAAAUAUGGAGCACUUUGCUAAGGCUGCAGAAAACCUUGUUAAGUCUCUGGAUGAUGAGGUUGAAAAGUCUGAUCCUGAUAGUCAUCCUCCAGGCUUCCAUGGUCAGACUGCAACAACUCCCACAAGUCAGCUUGAAGAGAUAAGAUGGUUCUACACAGAUCCACAGGGGAAAAUGCAAGGUCCAUUUAAGAACACAGAGAUGGCUGAUUGGUUCAAUCAUGGUUAUUUUACAAUGAAUCUUAUGAUAAAACGAUCAAUAGAUGAAGCUUUUCAACCAUUAGGUGAUUUAAUCAAAUCAUGGGGCAGAGUGCUAUUCCUUCCUGGUCCACAACCUCCUCCAUUGAAGGGGAUACCUGAUCAACUCCAACAGCAACAUCUUCUUGCUCAACAACAACAACAACAACAAUAUCAACAACUCUUGCAACAACACAUGAUGCAGCAACGUUUUCUCCAGCAACAAGCACUCAUAAUGCAGCAACAACUUCACAUGCAGCACCAACAAGAACAAGUGCCUACUACUGCAGUAUCGCCUCAAUCAACUACUACACACAUGGAUAUACCACCACCACACAUGCUACAAUCAACUUUGGAACAUCAACAGCAUUUACAGCAGAAAGUACAAGAGCUGCAACAGCACCACCAGCAACAACCACAAGCUCUAUCAGUAUCAUCUGAAUCAAUAUGGGCAGGUUCUGGAGCUACAUCUACUUCUCCAGUUAUAUCACCUGGUCCUUGGUCACAAGUCACCACUGCAAGUGUAGCAGCUGGUCCAUCACCUCCUUCUCCUUUAAGGGGAUGGGAUGUUGAACAUGGGAACAAUGAAAAAAUCCAAUCAUUACAAGAAAUACAAAAAAAAGAAGAAGAAAAUGAGCUUGCAAUCAAGCUUGAAAAUGAAAGAAGAGAAGCAGCUAUAAGGAAAGAAGAAGAACUUAGGAGAAGGCAACAACAGGAAUACUUGUUGCAAAGACAAAGAGAACAAGAAGAGAGAAGAAGACAAGAAGAAAUAGAGAAAAAGAAGCGUAAGCAAGAGGAGCUGUUAAAGAAACAGGAAGAAGAAGCAAGACGACAUCAAGAAGAAGAAUUACAGCAACAAAAACGAGAACAAAAGCAACAAGCUGCACGCCAAAAGCAGUUAGAACAGCAGAAGAGACAAAUGGAAGAACAAAAAAUGGUUGAAAUGAGAAAACAACAACAACAGGCCCUUGCACGCCUUCAGCAACAGCAACAAGAACUACAGCGUAGAAAAGAAAUAGAAGAGCAAAAACAAAAGGAGUUGCAACAAAAGCUACACCAAAAAAGACAGCAAAGUCAGAAUACAAGCAAUUCUCUUUGGGGUCCAACACCAUUACCUGCAGCCCCAUCACUAACAGAAAUACAGGAACAACAAGAAAAGCGAGAACGUAGUGCACAACAAGAAAAAGAACGACUGGUGCAACAAGAAAGAGAGCAGAGAAAUGCAGCCGCUGCAGCAGCAGCAGGAGGAUGGACAGAAAGAAACAACCAAGGAACAUCAAGUGUAAAAUCACUACUUGAGAUUCAACAAGAACAGGAAAGACAGCAACUUGCAAAGAAGGAGAACCAACAGUUAUCACGUUCACAUCCGUCCUCUCAUAACCCCUUAAGUUCAACUGUAUGGGGUAACAAUUCUUCUGCACUAUCUUCAUCUUGGACCUCACCUGUUUCAAGUACACCUUCUAUCAUUGCCUGGGGGGGAGCCAGCAAAUCAGCAAAACAACCUUCUAGGCUUGUAGGGCUAAGUAAUGAUGAGGAUGACAAUGACGAUGAUGAUGAAGAAGAAGAAGAAGAGGAAUCUUUCUGGGAUGAAGCUGUCAAAGAAGCAAAAAAAGCAGGACAAAAUAAACAGCAAUCAAAAUCACAACAACAACAGAGAAAACAACAACAACAGCAACAGCCUAAACCUCAGUCUGUUCAGCCAGCCAAGAACAGGCAAUCAAGUAAUGCUGCAUUUCCUGGUCUUGGAAAUAAAACUCAAUCAAAACGGACAACUAAAGAUGAGGAAAACAUUCGUCGAAUAUUCCAACAGCAAUCCAGUGCUUCUGAUGAAUUUGCACGAUGGUUUGAAAAGUCUUUAAAAGCCUUGAAAGUUACUUCUAUUGAUAUUCCUACUUUCUUUGCUUUUCUCCAAGAGAUUGAAUCACCUUAUGAGGUUCAUGAUUAUGUAAAGUCCUACAUAGGUGACAAUAAAGAAGCCAAUGAAUUUGCUCGGGAUUUCAUUGAACAAAGGAAGAGAAUUUAUUCACGUCAACUUCAAAAUACUCUACCAACAUUACCACAGGAAUGUUUGUGGGGAAAUGUUAACCAGAAGCCUCAAUCAAACAAGAGUGGUGUGAGCCAGCAGGUACCACAAGAGGAAUGUAUGCAAGCAGAUACAACAACAAGCAAGAAAAAGAAGAAGAAGAAGAUGCAAAAAGUUGAUCCUAGAAUACUAGGAUUUAGCGUCAAUGCUGCAGAAAGAGUCAAUAUUGGAGAGAUACAAACACUAGAGGAUGCAUAAAAGAAAUGACUACCACUUAUGAAGAUUUACUUUCUACCAAACCUUUCUAUUAUCAUUUGUAUUUGAAGCAGCUUUGUGACUUGUUUUAUAAACUCCAACUCCAACUGAAGUCUGAUUCACUUUUUGUACUGGACAAAAACGGCAUUCAUAACUGGAUGCAAGGAAUCAGGCAUUACAGGUAGUGUAGGUUAGCCAAUAGAGAAUACCAAAAGCAAAACUUGCAUGGAUGGAUGUCAGAAAAAUUUGCUCUGCAUGAAUAUAAUAGUUUAUUACCAGUAUACUGGGAAUUUAGCUGCGUCAAGAAAACCGUUACACUAUUGUACUCAUGCAAAUGCCCUUAAUGGAAUGCAUCUUACAUGGGGCGAAGGGAAAAAUAUGACUAUGCAAAGUCGGGGGCAGAUUCAGAAAUCAGAGGGGAUAUAAACAUUCAUUAUUAUAAUUAGAUGAAUCUCACUACUAAUGGGAAGCAAAACCAGAUAAGGUCUGGGGACAUGCUCCUUGCAACAAAAAACUUAUUAUAUGGUUUCUAGAAGUUUUAUUUCCUUUGACCUUGAAUGUUUUAUAGGGGGCCUAUAUAGGCAGCCCAAUCGGCCGCCUCUAAAUCCACACCUGCCAUUACCCAAAAUAAAGAACAAUAUCCAAAAUAUUGGUUGCCCACUUUAUUGUUAGCAGAAGAAAGUCAGGAAAGUUAAUGUACAGUAAGAAAGGUUUUGGUACAGGGAGAGCUAGAUAGUUUAACUAUUAUGAAAUGUAAUGUACAAAGACAAAUGAGUUCACUAAGUUUGUACAAAAUUGAGGUAUAUAAGUUUGUCCAAAAAGACUAAAAACUUGUUAUGUUAAGUUCAAUUCAUAUUCCUACUUGCAUCAAUGGUUAUAUAUCAGUAUCUUGAGUUUUGUGUUAUUUUGGCAUUAUUACAAUAGGCCAUUUUGCAAUAACUUACGAAUUUCUCACUUGCUGAUUGGUUAUUUUUUACCAACAAUAAGAGGACAGACAGAUAAAGCUGACGUCAUUGAGCGUGCCAUCCUUCCGUUGGUUGUUUUGAUUGCUAAAAAUUAGAUUUUUUUAUCGUUUUCAAAAUUUGUAAGUUAUUGUAAAAUUGUUAACUUGCAAUAGGUCACAUAACUCUUUUGUUUGCUUAGAUUCACUCCUAGAUAUGUACUACUAAACUGCACCCACUUGAUUCAUGUUUUUGUCUACAUUUCUUUCCAGUGAACAUUUCUUUCUACAAGUAGCAUUAAAGGUUAAUUUUCAGAGACAGAUCUAAGCGACAUACCCUCUAUUUCUCGUAAACUUCAAAGUUUUGUUUGGUUUUUACAGUCAUAUCCAGUAACCAUGAUACUGUCUUCCAUCCAUAGUGAUCAAUGCUGACCUCCCAUUUUCAAAAUCCUAGAUCUGCUCUUGUUGAGGACACUUUGAUCUCAAUAUAGCCAUACUUAGGUGACUCAUAUUUGGUAUGAUGUAUUUUCAACAUCCUAAAGCAUGACCUAUGGUUACAGAUUUGAAUGCAGACAAAAACGUAUUUAAAGGGGUGGUGUCAGACUAGGAAGAAAAACAGUAAUGAUUUGAACUUACUACACAGAAUAUGGUUACAAGCAUUGUUAAGUUAUUGGAUCAAAGCUGGACUAGGGACCUCUAAAAUCUUAUUAGGAUGUCUCAUGUUUUAAACUUGUAAGCACAUUGUUUAAAACAUCAAACAGACUGUUCCCUGCCACAUAAUCAUUGUCUACCAAGUUAAUAAGGUAAAAUGUUUCUUGGAUAGUUUUGAUUACGUCUCUAGAAGGUGAUCCCUCAGGGUAUAGGUUUCUCCACUGUUGAUUCCAAAGAGCAAAGGCCUCGUCCUGCAAAAAAGUAUAUUCAGACACCUCAAAAAAACACCUUUUAUAAUUCCUUAUUUUUAAAACGCUCUAGUAUAAUUACGAAUGCAAUUUGGAUUAGCCAAGUUCUUAUCUGAUCUUACCUGGAUAAGAAUGUAUAAUUUUUAUCUAAAAAGUAAGUAAAUGCUACUACUUACUUUCCAGAACUGAAAUGCAAUAGGAUCAACUACAGUUGGUUGAAUAACUUCUGACCCAGGAAAAACACCCCAUGUAACAGCAUUAGGUGAGUAGAUAUUAGCAUUGGUAAGAUUAUCACCCUAAAGAGAACAAACUAAUGUAAACAUAGGAGCAUCAAUCUGUAUGCAUGGAUUUAAAAUGCCAUGAAAAUGUACAAAUGAUUUGUAUAUAUAGGCCUCACAAUAAAGCCUUACCUUUAAUAAAAUUUAUCAUAUCAAUA